CCUGCCUCCCUUCCUCCCUUCCUCCCUGCAGGGCUGACUGACUUCAAACCCGGACAUUGGGUGGGGAUCCACUACGAUGAGCCCGUGGGUAAACAUGAUGGCAGCGUCGGCGGCCGCCGUUACUUCAGUUGCCCCUCGCCGUACGGAGCCUUCGUGCGGCCGCAGCGCGUCACCGUCGGGGAUUUCCCUGCGGAGGACGACGGCUUGGAUGAGCUGUGAGCGAAUCGGGGACAAAAGGCCUCGAGCUGUGGCACGGCUUCCGCCUCCGCUCCUUCUCGUCCUCGCGAUGCCGUUCGCUUCCUCGGGCGCCGCUCCGUCCCCACGGCGCCCCCGAAGCCGACGCUCCGUUCGCUGCCGGACGGGGCGGCACCCAAACCCGUCCCCGAACCCGGCGUUUCUCACCCCGGAACAGAGCCGCUUUCGGCGCGCUGCCAGCGCCGCGUCCGACACGACUUCCGGUUCCGGGGCCGAAGGUGCUUCCGGUUCCGGGUCGGCGCCGCCGCGGGUCGGCUGGUGGGCGGGGCUGGUCGAGGGAGGGGCGGGGCUUCUCGAAGGCGCCGGGGGCGGGAAAGGGGGGCGGGGCCCUGGAAAAGGGGCGGGGCUGAGAGAGAGGGGGCGGGGCUGAGGGAGGGG